AUGGGGACCUUCUGCACAGUUCACCCGCACGACGGCAAAGGUCAGCACUUAACUCCGUUGAAAUUCCCUGGCACGGUCAUAUACGUGCAUGAGGAGAAUAUCUGUAGGUAUGAAAAGAGUAUAAGGCAGUACAUGCGUACGGACAUCAUCGGGUUUGACACGGAAUUCGUUUUGGAGCCAAGUGAAGGUCGUUUGAACCACUUGGACAGCGGGGAGGUUCCCCCAAGGGUUCAGCCACUGAAGGCCGCCACCCGCACCAACGUGGCGCGAAAUAGCAUUUCAUCAGGGCCAUCCCCACAAAGAGCAGACCCUACAGAGGAGACCAAAUUGAAAGGGUUCAAGGCAAUAUCCUCAGAGGGUAAAUUUUUAAAAAAAAUACACAGGAGGAACUACCCACCAUGUAGGGAGAAGAAAACGCUCUGCCUGAUUCAGCUCAGCUCGAAGGAGCUCUGCUUCGUCUUUAACAUUAAUAAACUCAAGGGGAAAAUACCCAUGUGCGUAAAGGAAAUUAUGGAGGAUGAAAAAAUAAGGAAAGUAUGCCAUGACAUUCGAAAUGACCAAGACAUGUUCCUAGACCAACAUGUCCAAAUAAGGAACUCUUUCGAUUUAUAUGAUUUUUGCAUGCAGAGUUUUUUAUACCCUCCUUCUUUACAGUUCUUGGUUAAAUUAUUUCUUAAGAAGAAUUUGGAAAAGCAGUUUCGACUGUCUAACUGGUUAAGUGAUGACUUGAGGGAGGAGCAAAUUCUUUACGCUGCCGCGGAUGCGUAUGCGUCGAGGGAGGUCUAUAUGGUUUUAAGGGACCUGGGCAAGCUGCAUCAGAUAUGUGCGACGAAUGAGUUGAGUGCGCCGAAUCAGCGGUGUGUACUGAACGCCCUUCGUGAUGCACAUUUGUCAUGUGAUGUGGCUUCACAGGGGGGCACCAACGCAACCGCUGCUGUGGCGGACCCCCAUCUGGUGACUGCAAUGGAUAAGGAGCAAAACCCAAGUGACGCCAAAACGCCUUAUGGUGAGAAGGCCCCUCAAGAGGGAGAAAGUACAAGUCAUGUUUCCUCAGCCGAAGCGCAGCAAAGGAGUAACACCCAGAUAGGCGGUGAAACGAAAAGGUGCACUGCCACAAUGCACCCCUCUGUCACGACGAUUGAACAGAAUGACACUACGCUGGGGGGAAACUCCACCGGGAUGGAAAAACAAACGUAUGCAUUUUUUGGAAAACACCAGAUGAGCACUAUACAUGAGUUAAAAAAUAAAAUCCACGUGAAAUGCGCCCAACUGUGUAACAUAUCCUUUGUUGAAGAGAUGGUGUUUGCAGGCAGCGGCUAUAAAAACCGGAUGUCCCUGCAGGACGUGGAGAGAGGCAGGUCCCUCAUCGUGCUGCAUUCGCAGGGCUUCGACGAGGAGGUCAGGUGCUGCCACGAAAUACUGAGUUAUAUGGAGAGCGCGGCGUAG